AUGACUGGAGGAAAAAUCAAGAAUCUGUUUCCCGAUCACUCUCUCGAUUUCGCCAUUCUGGUUCUGGUGAACGCGGUCUAUUUCAAAGGGCAGUGGAAUAAGGAAUUUAAUAAAGAAUAUACAGUGGAGGAAAAAUUUUGGCUGACCAAGGACACCAGCAAAUCUGUGCACAUGAUGAAACAAAGUAGUUCCUUUAAUUUCACUGCACUGGAGGACAUACAAGCCAAGAUCCUGGAAAUACCAUACAGGGGCAAAGAUCUAAGCAUGAUCUUGCUGCUGCCAAAUGAAGUAGAUGGUCUCAAGAAGCUUGAAGAUAAACUCACGGCUGAGAAAUUAAUAGAGUGGACCAGCUCACAGAAUAUGAGUGAGAAAAAAGUGGAGUUACAUUUACCCCGGUUCAAAGUGGAAGAGAGCUAUAAACUCAAUGACACGCUGAAGUGCAUGGGGAUGGUGGACGCCUUCAGUCCACAGGACGCCAACUUCUUGGGCAUGGCGGAGAGACGUGAUCUCGUGCUGACAAUAAUUGUACACAAGUCCUUUGUGGAGGUGAAUGAGGAGGGCACAGAGGCCGCAGCCGCUACAGGCAUAGGAACUGGUGUCACAUCAGCACCAAUUUAUGAAAGUUUCCAUUGCGAUCACCCUUUCCUGUUCUUCAUCAAGCACAUUAAAACCAACAGCAUCCUCUUUUUGGGCAGAGUCUCUUCCCCUUAG